GCCCCCACCGCCCCUCCGGCGGGGUGGCCCCUCGUGCGCAUACGCUGGUUCUGGGGAGGAGGGGGCGGGGCUUUAGCCGCGGCCCCCCCCUGCUGCCCCCCCCCUCCUGCGCGCCUGCCGUGGGCACGUUCCGUACGUACGGCGGGAAGCGCUGACGCCGUGCGUAGCGGCGGCGUGUGUGUGACGCAGUUGCCCAUGGUAACCCCGGGGCCGCGCAGAGGAUGGGUUUACUGUCAAUCUUGCGUAAACUGAAAAGCGCCCCAGACCAGGAGGUGAGAAUCCUCCUCUUGGGACUGGAUAAUGCAGGCAAGACAACACUCCUGAAACAGCUGGCAUCCGAGGACAUCAGCCACAUCACGCCAACACAGGGCUUUAACAUCAAAAGUGUACAGUCUCAAGGCUUCAAGCUGAACGUAUGGGACAUAGGCGGACAGAGGAAGAUCAGGCCAUACUGGAGGAACUAUUUUGAAAACACUGAUGUCCUUAUCUAUGUCAUUGACAGUGCAGAUAGGAAGAGGUUUGAAGAAACGGGUCAGGAGCUGGCUGAGCUUUUGGAUGAAGAAAAGCUUAGUGGAGUCCCAGUGCUCAUAUUCGCUAACAAGCAGGAUUUGCUGACGGCUGCCCCUGCUUCAGAGAUUGCUGAGGGACUGAAUCUACACACAAUCCGGGACAGAGUCUGGCAGAUCCAGUCUUGUUCAGCUCUUUCAGGAGAGGGAGUACAGGACGGCAUGAAUUGGGUGUGCAAAAAUGUCAAUGCUAAGAAGAAAUAAAGCAUUCAGAGCUGCAUGGAAAUGGAGGAGCGGUGGGAGCAGAAUUCUAGCCUGAAAACACUAAUUUGCUGCUUUCUGACCAAAUGUUUUUCCAUCUGUGCACAGCUACAGCUGUUAAAAGAAAAAAAAAGAAAGAGAAAAAAGGGAACAACACUGGUUAAAACCUACUGCUGGAUUUGGAACUUGACCUGCUCUUUAGUAUCAUUUUUUAAUCCCAAUAAAGGAAUUCUAUAUUUCCUCCCUAUGCAUAAAUAGUAUUAAAUGUCUAUUUAGCAAGCAAGUUUGUAAGCAGAAGCAAGACUGUGAUUCAGUGUGGUGCAGAGGGAGUGGUGAGUUGCUGUAGUUGCUUAGAUGCAUAGGACCUGCCCUAUACGUGCAGGUCUGCGGUUGCUGAGGACACACUCAGGUGUCAGUCACAGCUUCCUCUCAGUGACAGAUAAAAUGCGGUUGUGUUACCAAUUGUGGGUAGUUUCUUAAAAUAAAGCUGCUAAGGAGUCAUUUGUGUAAUGAGGGUAGAAGACUUCCACACAUUCCUAUAGCCAUAAAAGAGGAGUUUGAUCAUAACGAGGCACUGUUGCAUUGCGACACCGCUGAAGAAGGGAGGGAAGGGUUAUAUGUGUAUAAUUGAAGCUCUUUACAGUUGGAAUAAUGCAGGAUGAGCGUGCCUAGGGCUUUUCUCGCAGCUGAAGGAGAAUUCAGCCUAGCAUUUCACCUUGAGCCAGCAAAAACGUGGUUCCUACGUUCAAUAAGUUCCAUGUGUGAGAUUAGUCUUGAUGUUGAACAAUCCCUGUUGAUUUUCCCUUGAUGUUAAGGCAACUCUGCAGCAAAAUGCAAUUAAGUCCAUGAUUACUUUAUAGAAUGAGAUACCAGGUCCCAGGUUUCCUUUUUGAAAUGUGCAAAAUAUAUUCUCCUACCCCCCCUUCCUCAGCAGGCCUUGCCUAGCCCUUCAAGGGACUCAGGGACUGCCGCACAGCAGGCUGGCUGCCCAGGGCCCGCGGUCCCUCCAGGAUUGUCCUGGUGGAGGGUGAGGAUGCUGAUGAACAGCAGAUGGGAAGCGCUCUUUAAAGCGAGGAUUCAUUCUUCUCCAAACUGGCUUUGCUCUAAAAGGAUGCAAUUGCUGAAAUAGGAAAGGGAAUGUGUUUUCCACCUCCUCAUCCCCAAUUCAAAUCUAGCCCCAGCUGACAGUGAGCAGGAGUCAUUAGCACGCCAAAGCAGCCAUGUCCUGCAUGAAGCAAGCUUGGUGACUCCUGGGCCGGUUUCUAAUGCACAGAUGGUAAAAUAAUCCCACUGCCCUGCUUGCCAGCUUUGUUUGCUGCCUGCCUGCGAAAGGCCAGAGUAUGACUAGGGGACUGCAUUACCCCUUCCACCUCUUGGAGACAGACCGGCGGGCAUUGUGGGGAAAGCUGCAUGUACUAAAGCAUGUGGCUUCACCACGCGUCAGCGAGUUGACUCAUGGACCCAGGCAGACGGCUGACACCCCUGGAGCUCCCAGCUCUUUGCUCCUCCCUUCCCCUGGACGUCUCCACCUCAUGGCAGAAACAUCUGCACUGUACACGAAGCAGCCUCUGGCUGCCUGUAUGUUACAGCCCCGCAGGUUCAAGUCAUCUGGGGCCGAUUCUGGGUCCCCCCAUACAUCAGGGUGUAUAGUAGUGUUUGGAGGUUGAUCUGUGUGUAGCUCAGCUGUCUGUGCUGUGGCUGGGGGCAGAGGGACAGCUGGGACAGCAACUGCUUUAGCAAUCCAAGUUUAAUCUGCCUGCGUCCGUGAGUCAGCACCCUCUGAGUGCAUCUGUCUCCAGUGCCGAGGCAGGACACGCAUGCCGGAGUAGCACAGCCUUGCUUUAAAAUCCAGACGACUGAGGAGGAGGGGGAAGAGCAGGCUCAAGUGAGCUGUUAAGCAAUCGCUAAUGACAGAGUGACACAGCUCUGGCUCUGCAUGGAUUGAGUAAGGAGUCCUACGAUGAGGAGAGAUGCUCAUUUAAACAGAGCUCCUUCAGUGACUCCCCAGCUGCAGUGGCUUAUCGGGAAGCCCAGGAAUCUGAGCACUGUGUAUUCCUGGGUCAGCCCAAGGAGGAUAAUGCAUCCCAGCAGCUCCUUUACCUUGCAAUUAAUGCAUUUGCUUGAUGCAAGCACUGUAAAGAAUUGCAGCCCUUUCUUAUAAGCAUGCUUUGUGCUGGCUGGGUGGCAGAGCUUUGUGAGAGCUACUCCUGAGCUUUGGAUUUGCCUGUACUGCAUGCCAGAUACAGAGUGAAAUGCUGGGGUACCCCUCCUCUGGCCCAGGCAGGAUGGAGCAAAGUCCCUUUGGGGGCUUGGGUUUCGAUCCUUCUCACCUACAAAGGAGUUGAGUUGGUGCUUCCCUGCUCUCUACGUUUUUACCAGUGGCAAACCUACCCUGUGCCACAGUUCGCUUUCUAGAUCCAAAAAGCAUCCAGGAAGGUAAUUUGGGGUUUUUUUAGGCUCACACAAGUUAAACUUGGAAACAUGUUUAAAAUAAAUAUAUAAUCAAUUUUCCUAUCGCUCCAGUUUGGGAGGAAAAAUUGCCUUACUGAACUCAGGAUCCAGAAGCGUUUGCUGGCUCAUUCAUUACGUUUGUGUGUAGCUACACAUACUGGUUGUGCUUAUCUUUACCAACCAGAGCUUCACCUGUAAUCCAGUAAAUUAAUUGGGCUUAUCUGCAGCAGGUAGUAAGAGGAAGACCAUGCUAGAGCGAGCUGUGCUGGCAGGAUGGAGUUGGAGGGUUAAAAUGACCAUAAUGCAAGUAAAUAACCCUGCAGUGAUGGCUGUAACUGCGUUUUGUAUUGUAAACAUCUCUGUGUAUCCACCUGGUGAAAAUGUGAAAGGAUUUGAGGUUCUGUUCACUUGCUGCUCCUUAUCUGAAUGUAUUUACAUCUGCUGUACCCUCUGCAGGGCUCUCCUCCCUCGGUAGCACCUGGCUAAAUACCACCUGCAAAACUGGCUGGGGUCAGCCCAAAACGCCUGCCGCUGUGCAGAGAAACCCAUUCCCCUCUCCCAGCCCUUCAGCUUCCCUUUGGCUUAUGGUAACUGCAUACGCCAGGCUUUGUCCUUCCAACCCUCCCUGCUUUGCCCUCCUUUAAGUGAGAUUCAGGGGAAGCAAACCAACCGUCUCAUUGGUAUGGGAGGAGCUCUUCCACGCGUCGCAUCAAUUCAUAGAUGUUUAAAGCCGGAAGGGACCGUUCUGUUCCUCUCUCCUGACCUCCCUCCCGCAUAACACAGCCCAUUAAACGCCACCCCGCCGGCACGGUGACUUGUGGUUGAACUAGAGCACGCCGGGUAGGAAGACACCCAGCCUUGAUUUAAAGGCUCAGGGUGACAGACAGAUCCAGCCCAGGCCUCGAGAAGCUUGUCGCAGGGGUUAAUCCCCCUCCCGCGGGGAGUUUGCCUUGCUUCACUUUCACAUCAUUAAAUGUGGUCUUACCUUUGCGGUAGAUGAACGAUGCCUCUCCUGCCCUGAACGAUGCCUCUCCUGCCCCUCCGUGUUCUCGGGGGGGCAGAGAUGAUGGAGAAGUGAAAUUCUCCAAGGGCACAUCAGGAAGCAGGAGUCCAAACCCCCGCGCUGACCACGAGCACUGUCCUCCUCCGGCUGCAGCUCUGGUGGAGGAUGUCUUCUCUCCGUGCCCUUGGAGAAUGCCUGCCUCAUGCAACCUUCUCCCACUUUGGCCCAUACCAAUACUGCUUCUUGCACAUUAAUGACCUUUUUCUCUGCCUAAAUUGUAACUGAUCACUAGACUUUUUCUAUUAAGUGUACUGGGAGGAGACCAGCCCGCUCCAACUCGCCUCUGCCCCACAGGGCUCGCUCCUCUGCAAAAGCAAAUGGCGGCGGCUGUUGCAUUCCCUGAGCUGGCCGGGUCCACACAAGCUCUUUCUUUUAUGUUCCCUUUUUGAAUUUCACCAAAAAGGAGUAUUUGCAAUAUCUGGUCAUGUUGUUACUCAGUGUAUAAUUUAGAUGUCUUUGUCAAAUAAAAAAAAGAAAUAAAGUUUAGUAGAAACACAA